AUUUAUUUAAUGACUUAGCAACAUUGAGGCUAUGUUUAGCUGCUUCACUGCAUUCCAUCUUGUUUGUUCGUCUCGUGGCUGCUGCACAGUCGACCUCAGCAUUCUUUAACCCUUCAAUGUUGACCUUUCACCUACAGGAAAAGAAAUAUCUAUUUAUCUUCCGUUGUUACGAACUCCGACUGUGUGUGUUAAACGUGAUUCAAUGUUGACAGCUAUGGUAUCUCUGCUACAUUACCAUAAAACGUGAUAUUUCACCACAUAAUUUUAGCUGACUUAAUAGUUCCACACCGUCUACGUAUUUGACUAGCUGGCUAGCUGCUAGCAAACAAAGGAACGUUGUAAAACCAUUAUUUUUACACUGAAUCGCAUGACGAACAGACUAACGUUAAAUGUUAUCCUCUAGUUAUUUGGGACACUGAAGAUGUAGUAUUUUGUUAAUAAACUCGAUGUUUUCGAUCACGCUUUCAAUAUAUCUGUGUAGGCCUAAUGUCAUGACUCAAUCGGUUAAAAUGCUCGGUGAAGCUCCAAAACACCUAACAUGUCAAUGGAUGCUAAUGCACAUACUGAUAGCAUUGACGAUGGGAUUGUAAAGUGCUUGCGCCAUUCUUUUGAGCAACACGUUCUGUGCCUCCAAAUUUCUCAAGAGGAAAGCUCAUCCUGCUCGUUGACUCCGCAGAUAUGAUUUCUGUGUGUCACAUAAGUCUUUGUCUUCCAGUCUCAACAAUUUCAUGUACAUCAUGGGCCUGUGAAGUGACAGCUUUGAUGUUGUUAUCAGCAUGGAUGGAGAGACUCCUCAAAUUCAUCUGGUUUCAGGAGAAGGUUCAGCAGUGGGCCUAGGACAUCGCAUUCAGAUUGUGACAGAUCAACAGACAGGCCAGAAACUACAGAUUGUUACAGCAUUGGAGCAGCUGUCUGCUGGGAAACAGCAGUUCGUCUUGGCCAAUGCAGAUUAUGGCACAGCAGGCAAAGUGAUUCUAACCAAGCAGGAGUCCCCUCAGGGCAAAGUCAUUCUUGCUACACCCGAUGGCAAUCAGCUAUUGUUUACCUCCUCUGACCUAGCUGGACAACAAAUACAGUUUGUGACCGAAGAUGGUUCUGAGCAGUCACCUGUCAAGACUUUGGUUGAGUACUGUGUGGUGUGUGGAGACAAAGCCUCAGGGCGACACUAUGGAGCGGUGAGCUGUGAGGGCUGCAAAGGCUUCUUCAAGCGGAGCAUCCGGAAGAACCUCAUGUACACAUGCAGAGGAUCAGGAGAGUGUGUUAUCAACAAGCAUCAUCGCAACCGCUGUCAAUAUUGUCGACUGCAGCGCUGCAUAGCUGUUGGCAUGAAGCAAGAAUCUGUUCAGUGUGAGAGGAAGCCAGUGGAGGUAUGCAGAGAAAAGCCCAACAACUGUGCUGCAUCCACAGAGAAAAUCUACAUCCGGAAGAACCUGUGCAGCCCACUGACUGCAAUGCCCACCUUUGUGACCAGCAAAGCAGCAAAAUCCUCAGGUUUGCUGGAGUCUAGCAUGCUACUAAACAUUCAGCAACCUUUUCCCAAAGUGGAAAACACAGUCCUGCUCUCAGCAUCUCCUGAAAUGAAUGAGCACUCCCAGGAUGACCUGAGCACUCUCGCAAAUGUGGUCACGUCCUUGGACCACCUGAACAAGGCCCGGGAGAUGAGCGAUGGCUGCCCCGACACGCUGACCACAGAGAGGCAAAGCAACGAGGAUGGCACCACAGCUGAGGUUCCGAUGGAUAAAGAGCAAAGUGCGAGUGACAUAACAAGGGCAUUGGACACCCUGGCAAAGGCUCUGAACCCCGGAGACAGCCCUGCUGAGGAGACCCUGGAGGCCACCAUGCAACUGGUGUCGGGAGACCAGUCUGGCAGCAUCCUGGAGCUGGAGGGCCCGUUGCUCUCAGACUGCCAUGUGCCCUUCAAGCUAAUGAUGCCUUCGCCAACGCCUGAAUACCUCAACGUGAACUACAUCUGUGAGUCAGCCUCCCGCCUCCUCUUCCUCUCGGUGCACUGGGCGCGCUCCUUACCUGCAUUCCAACUUUUAGGUGGGCAAGAGAAUGAAAUCAAUUUGAUGAAGGCUUGUUGGAACGAGCUGUUUGCUCUCGGCCUGGCUCAGUGUUCCAGUGUGAUGAACGUAGCCACUAUCCUGGCAGCCAUCAUCAACCAUCUUCAGACCAGUCUACAGGAAGGUCAGUACUAUUAUAUUACUCCACCACAGACCAGUCUACAGGAAGGUCAGUACUACUGUAUUACUCCACCACAGACCAGUCUACAGGAAGGUCAGUACUACUGUAUUACUCCACCACAGACCAGUCUACAGGAAGGUCAGUACUACUGUAUUACUCCACCACAGACCAGUCUACAGGAAGAGAAGGUCUCUGCCGAGAGGAUCAAGCUGGUGAUGGAGCACAUCUGGAGGAUGCAGGAGUUCUGCAACAGUAUGGCCAAGCUCUCCCCAGAUGCGUACGAGUACGCCUACCUCAAAGCUGCCGUCCUCUUCAGCCCUGAUCACCCAGGCAUUGACAACACCCUGCAGAUCGAGCGCUUCCAAGACAAGGCCAUCAUGGAGCUGCAGGACUAUGUGGUCAGGACCUAUCCUGAGGACGCAUACAGGCUGUCCAAGCUGCUCCUGCGUCUCCCGGCGCUCCGACUGAUGAGUGCGGCCAUCACAGAGGAGCUCUUCUUCGCUGGUCUCAUUGGCAAUGUCCAGAUCGACAGCAUCAUCCCCUAUAUCCUUAAGAUGGAGUCCACCGACUACAACAGCCAGGUGGUCACUGCGACAGUCUGAUUCAGUGAAGUCCACUGUCUUGGCUGUACUGCUGAUCACAGAUUGCAUGAGCAAGAUGGGCACCUGCUUAAGGUCCUCCUACCUUCAGUUGUUAAUACUGUGGAUGGAGUUAAUCAUUUCUGCCUUAAAAGAGGAGAGACAACAGGCCCAGAUAUGUGAUCAUCCAUGUAAGACAAAGAAAUGCAGCCCGUCAUGAGGUCUAGUCCUGGCAUUGACCUGAUCGUGACUAGACCUGGAUAGGCUUUGCCACAAAAUAUUUACUCAUGACCGGACAUGCCCUGGAACACAAUGGCUGCUGUGCAUGAAGGCUGUUACAGCCACGCCGAAAGGUGAAUUUUCAUCAACUGUUUCUGUAUUUUCAUUAGUUGAUUUAUCAUUGCAAUCAAAGCCAUAUAAACAGAACAUUUCAUUAGUCGGGCCAAUUCUUGCUUAUGGUUAAAUCCAUUACAAUUAAUGUAAUUAAUAAUGAUUUGAAUAAUGAUAAAAUUACCAUUCUAUGUAUUUAUUUAUUUAACAUAAAUAUUUAGCAUAGAUGGGAACCCUUUGAUGGUGGAUGAGCCAACAUGUAAUUGUGUCUUUAUGACUCACAAUGUUGUGAGCUUGGUGAAAAGCUGAAUAGUGUAAACAGACAAACAGCUAGCAGAACCCAGAGCUGUGCCCACACAACAACAUGCUCCACCAGCCCACAGAUAUUUCUUUUACCAGUUUUAGCUACGAAUGCUUUGGGAGUUAUUGUAUACGCAAUCAAAUUUUGUCUUUAAUUCCGUAUUUUAUUGUAAGCAUUUUUAUGGGUAUAGUAUAAGAGUUUUUCUACUUUGAUAUGUCUUGUCAUUUUGGAACAUUUGAGAUUUGCACGCUUUUAAAAUGAGUUUUAAGGGUAUCGGACCACAUGGUGCCCAUCUUGCCGUUCCAUCUCAGUUCUGUUCUCGUUUAACUAUCUUGUAUAUCCAACUGUGGUGAGUGUAGCCAACAUCCCACAAAAAAAAAAACAAAUUUAACUAAUGCAAAUUGGGCCAUGUUGGCUUCAGUGGGCUGCAACAAAUAAUUAAUAACUUAAGAGGUUGAAUUAACCGCCUGUUCUAAUAAGUCUUGUUUUAACCGCCUGUUUUGGUUAUCAAUCAAUCGGUUUCAGUAGGGGGUUUUUUUUUUUCUCUGAUUCCAUCUUGCUAAAUUUGUUUUUUUUCUAGCUGACUUACAGUUCUAUGACAAACUGAAUGUGUUUGGUGUAAGGACAAAACAAGGCACCAUAUGGCUUGGGCUCUGGAGCACACUGGCUAACGUUUGAUACCACCUAAUAGUCCAAACAGAUAUUUCAGGAAUUGAACAAAUUUAACAGUAUUCAUUUAUUAUUAAGAUACUAUUAAUAAUAAUAUCUGAUUAAUAGUAAGUUACAGUCCUAAUUGUGACAUUGAAACUUCAGAGGCCUUUACAGGGUAGUUUUAACUUCUGAAUGACCUUUUUCUGUCAUACAUGUAUAAAUUUGUAUAGAGGUAAGUGUUACAGACCACUAUGAGGCCCACCCUUUUGAGAACAACAGUCUUGGGGAGGGGAGCGAAGCCAUUUUAUUGUGUAAGUUGGUUGUCAUAACUUUAAUCAUGUAGAACACCCAUUUGCAUGUUCUUGAGAAAAUCUUUUAACUUAAAAGUGUCAAAGUAUCCGGUUGUCUUUGAUUUCACAAGUUAAUGAAUUGGCUUUUUUUGUAUGGCUUAUGACACAUUUUGACAUUGUGGUGCUGUAAUAACCUUCCGGUAUAAUAUCAGCAACACCUUGUUCAGCUUCAGGCUUGUCUAGUUCCCCUAAAUUGUAAUGAGGGCUUUGAAACGUUUUUGAACAGAGAGAAGAAAGCUAAAAUGACCACACUAUGUGACAGAAUAGUAUUCAAAUGUGAAAAGGAAAGAGGAAGCAGAGCAACGGCUUGCUUCUGAACUACUGAUUAUGAAGAUAAAGGAGGAAAACACAGAAGGUUUACCCAAGUGAUGUUGCAUCUGGAGUCCUUCAGUUAUGGGAUAUAGCUGACCCACAGCAACAAUUUAGAAGUGUUUAGCAAAACAUAUCAUUUCACAUUUCAGCCUAAUUUCUGUCAAAUAAUAAAUAACGUAAUAUCA